AUGAGAAUCACACGGUCCCUCAUGGCCAAGGGCCUAUUCGGCCGUAGCUUUGACGAGCUAGCCCGACGCUCCAGCAUAGCCUUCAACUCUGAGACGAUCAAGGGCCCCCAGUCUAACAGGCAACUCUAUGACUUCCGCUCGCGCGACUCCAUAUCAAGCUGCAUCGUCAUGUGCGACGACCUGAUCGGCGGCUUCUCCAAGAGCAACCUCGACCCCGUGGACGGAGACAAGGACGUCGGACACCCCUACGCCCGCUUCCACGGGAGCAUCUCGACCGCCCUGCCCGCCGACAAGCCGAAGAUCAAGCGCUCCGGGUACGCCGGCUUCCGCACGCCGGACCAGUCACCCACGCUCUUCGGCCGGUCCUUCUGGGACAUCGACCCCUACACCUACCUCGCCCUGCGCGUCAAGUCGGACGGUCGUUCGUACCUGGUCAACGUGCAGACGGACGGCGUCGAACCCACCGACCUGCACCAGCACCGGCUGUUCGCCAAGAACCCGGGCCACUGGGAGACCAUUUUUGUGCGGUGGAACGAUUUCGUCCGCACGAGCUACGGAUUCGUCGUCGAGCCGCAGACGGAGCUGCUCCGCCAGAAGGUCCAGACUAUCGGCAUUGGUCUGACCGACCGCGUCGAGGGCCCAUUCGACCUGUGCAUCGACAGCAUCUGGGCCACCAAUGACGCUGACGAGGCCGACGUGCAGAAGCAUGGCCCUGCUGACAUUGACGCUGGUGCUGCGAACUCCCAACAGGACACCGCCGGUCUCAAGAAUCGCAAGGGUCAGAAGAUUCAUUGGUAA